CCGGGGUACCAUGACCAAAGCUGCUGCAAAACAUUGAUGUAGACUAUCGGAGCACACUUACUGCCUAUUUAUAGUAACACUUAUGUAAUCGCCGGUGUUCCAUCAUGCAGCAGGGCUACAAUGGCACACAGCGGCAUGGCCAAGAAUGCGUUAAGAAUCCAGAAGAGUGUAAAAAUAAAAUGUGGAAGAAAUGCAACUUAAGUGAUUCAUCAGAUCAUUCACCCCAUCCUUCGUGGGAUAAUGUGUGUGUUGAACAACUUAUAUGGACAUUUAAUAUACAUUCAUACGGAUUUGCUUGCCUUUUUUUCAUUUUGUCGUUUUAUGCUGUUUUUUCAAUACUAAACAUCAGAUCACAAACAUCUAAUAAAAAACCAUACAUGGCAGCAAUCAAUGCGUUAUUGCUAGCUACAGGUAUUUGUAGAGCAUUUGUAUUAUUUGUCGACCCAUAUAAUACAAAACGAAAUAUUUCAUCCGUUGUCACACAUUUGACAUGGGACCUGGGCUUAUGCAGCUUAGUGACCGCUCUAUCUUUAUUACUAUUAGCUUAUUUACAGUUAACUCAACUUCAAGCUGGACCUUCAAAUAUGAGACGUAAAUCAGUUGUAGUGACAGUCACUGUAUUAAUUGUUGGAGUUCUGGUGCCAGCAGAUAUAGUUGCAUCAGUUGAUUAUAAAUUAUGGGUUUUAGGGAAUGCUGUGCGCAUUCUUUUACACAUUUGGGGUAUUUGGCUGUGUUGUUUCUUUCUUUACUUAGGAGUAAAAGUAAUGACACUUGUAAAGCGCAUGCCGAAAUCAGUUUUACAAAAUUUUGAUUCACGUCACAAAGGUAUAAUGCAGUUAGGAAUAUUAGCUCCAUAUAACAAUUUAGCUACCUCAAUGGCAGCGGCAUUAGUACCGGCACUUUUAGUUCCACACCAAUCAAAAUCAGAUUCCAAAGAUAAACCAACUGUAAAGAUAACGGCACCAUCAGAAGUAGCUAAUAGUUUCAAUAGAAUGAAUCGAAGAGCUAGUAGUUUUGUGCAAAGGCAAAAAAGAUCUGGGUCAUUGUUGAGUCCAACUACACCUUCCAGAAGAUCAAGCGAAGUUCAAAGUAUCAUUCAAAAGCGACUAAGUUGUGUGGAAGGCAGUAAACAAUUUUUGGCAUUAAGUCCGAAUAAUAACACUAGUGAUAGUACAGAGCCCGAAGAAAGUUCAUGGCGUAAGAGCUUUGCCAAAUCAAUAUCAUGGCAAUUUCCAAAAACGGGAGAAUCGAGUACAACAAAUGAUACUUCACCAACAACUUCGUCAUCAUUACUAACUCCAUUACAACCUCAAAGAAGUUUUAGGCUCAAAUCUACCGGACAAGCUGAUCAAGAAACAAGACCUACCACCAGACAUUCAAGCAGUUUUUCAGAUUUAAGUUCUGAAAUGAAUUUAAGUACGAUAUUAAAUCAUAUAGCAUUUGUGAAUCGAGGUAAUGGAACAGGGGAUGCCAAAAUGGAAAAUGUUAGAAGACGUGCUUCAAAAGUCACUGUUACCAAAUCAGAAAUCGUGUAUGUGAUAAAAACUGUUCAUAUCUGUGCAGGACUGGCAAUGUUAUUAUGUUUUUUUAAUUUCGCUACAGAUAUUAAUUUAAUUGGAGUCUACUCAUACGACAGACCCUGGUGCUGGCUUAUAAUGCAAAGUUUGAUACGAGUUUUGGAAUUGUCAUUGGCAUGCAUGUUGGCAAAUCUAACAAAACAACCAGUGAAUGUUAUACACCACACUCAAUAUACGCAUCCUCUGAGAGCCAAACUUCGAGGAUCGUUUUUCAUUUAGGACCUAUAGAUUAAUUAUUAAAAGGGUUCAUGACUAAAAAAUGAUACAAUCACUGUUAAUUUUAAGUCUGAUGGGAGUGCUACGCAAAUGAGAUCGGGACCAUUAUUUCAAACGUGCAAUAACAGAUUUUUGCAAUAACGGAUUUUACAUUAAUAUAAAUAAAUAUAUAUAUAUAAUAUAUACAGUGAAUUUUUUUAAUAUAACAUACUUAUACACACAUUAUAUGUAAUUACGUUUCCAAGUUUUUAACGUUAUAUAAAUCACACU